GUUUCAUACAAAAUGGACGUGAUUUUGCCAGCUUGGGAGAGAUUUUGUCAUAAUGGUGGACCUUCUAUGGAAUCCUUGGAGUGCGUAGGUAUACAGGAUACUGGUUCCAAAGCUCAUCUAGAAACAAGGGCCUUCAGGGAGCGAUUGAUUGUAUUUAUCAAGAUAAUGCAGGAGGUUUUGCACAGUCUUGACGAAGUUUGUGGUGUUGAUAAUGCCAACACUGUACAUCUUGGUGCAGAGCUAACACACACUGCUGACACCUCACAAGCUGAUUCAUUGCUGACAGACAGUGUUGAGAGCUUGCCUGUUGAUGCAGUGCUGGCAAACACUGCUGAUGGAACAGAGCAAGUACUGCAGAGCCAACCAGGGAGCAUGGAAGUGUGUGUCAAAACUGAAAGUGAAAGUUGUGAGAAACAAAGAGAAUCCUCAGCUAUUCCAGAGGUUGACCCCAGUUUAGUGCAAGUGAAAGCCAGUAAAUCAGAGAUUGAGAGAAGAAUUCAGGCUUUUAUUGACAGGAAGCAGCAGGAGGUAGAUGAAAUGAACAGAAGAGAAUUCUGCUCUGUCUUUUCUCUUACAUCAGAUGGCCAGUCAGAGGAGACUUGUGCCAGGACUGAUGCUGUGUUCAUACCUCGAGCAGGAAGCAGUAGUCAUGUGAAAGUGUCUCGUGUUGUCAACGUACAUGGCCCCCAAACAGUACCAGGCUGCAUGCCUGCUAAUCCCAGACAUGCAGGCCCUGUCAAGGUGUUAUCUGAAACAGAGGAUGGAACACCAGCCAUGGAGGAAAGACUGCAGAAUAUAGAACAGCAUUUAGCUAUAGACCAAGAUUCCAAAUCAAGUAAAGAUAUGUUUUCUAGACUCAGGCGCAUGGAAAACAGAAUCCUGUAUUUGGAAAGUUUGUCACCAGAGUAUUUUAGCCAUGGGCCUACUCCACCAAAACUCCGGAGAAGACCUCGGGAGCUUCAGAUGUAUUCGUCUCUGAAAUCAGGGGAGAUAACACCACAGUACAAGGAUCUGUCAGUAGAAGAAAUCGAUGCAAAGAUGAAAGCCUUGCGAGAUAAGUUGUUAUCAAAAAAUGACAGCUGAUUCAUGGGAUGAACUGAGAAUUCUGGUUUGAGAAAGUCGAACAAUGGGAUGCACUGAGAAAGUCACACCAUAGGCGAACUGACAAAGUCACACAAUAGGAUGAACUUAAACAGUCACGGCUUUGUACGCAUUUCAUUUUCUGAAAAGAUGAUUUUAAAUUUGAAGACUGGGUGAUACAAUGUUGCUCAUAGCCUUGGGGAAAAAAAAACGCAGGCAGAUGUUUACAGAAAUAAAUCAUUAUUUAUUUGAAAGUACUGUUUCUCAGUAAAUAUUAUUGCUUGUGAUUUGCAUUGUGAUUUUUUUUCCAUCGAGACCUCACUCAUACAGGCGUAGUGUGGUAUUUCAGGAACAGUAACUCUGCUGUUAUAAUGGUAUGCUUCAACCAGGAUGAGCUCCCUUUUUUGAGUUUCCGUAUACUGUGAAGAAUUAUCUUCCUUGUGACAAAACUGUGCACAUUGUUGUUUACUUGUCGUGUCAAGUCUCAGUCAGAUACUGCAAUUUAUUUUGUUUGGAGACGAGUUGGUUUGUUGAAUUGAAUACCAUAUAGAGGGACGGGGAUAAUUCUUAAGGAACAAACUGUAUCAAUAAUUUAAAAUUUGCCUUCAGUAAUAAAUAUUCAA